CAAGUCCCUGGACAGCCCCGCUCAGCCCAGUAUUGUAGCUCCAAAUCGUCAAGUCAGUCAACUGAGUUACCUACCUACCUACUUAGCUCUACCUCCUAAGUGCUAGAUACUUACCUACCUACUGGCCUUCUAUUCCGCCUUGCUCGGACAGAAAGGAUGGAUCGCAUGCGAUCUUUAUUUCGGAAGAGGGAGGAGGUAGAGGAGCAAGAAUACCGACCGCUCUAUGAUGAAGGCGGUGUCUCCGGGCCUGAUGGUAACGACGAUGAACAUGGCGUGCCUUUCUCAUGGUUCGAGUAUGGCAUUUUCGCCGUCCUCGGCGUCGCAAUGUUAUGGGCUUGGAACAUGUUCCUCGCAGCCGCGCCGUAUUUCCAGUAUCGCUUCAGAACAGACGACUGGGCCGUCAGGAACUUCCAGUCCGCCAUCCUUUCCGUAUCCACGCUCACGAAUCUCGUCGGGGCGGCGUUCCUAGCCAACCGGCAACACUCGGCCUCCUAUCCGUUCCGGGUCAAUUCCGCCCUCUACCUCAACGCCGCCGUCUUUGCGCUACUAGUGAUAUCGUCAGAAUCAUUCCUCGAUGCGUCUACCACGACGUACCUCGUCUUUCUACUGACUAUGGUAGCGUUGACAUCAUGGGCAGCAGCACUGAUGCAGAAUGGAGUAUUCGCGUUUGCAGCAAGCUUUGGCCGGUCCGAGUACAUGCAAGCCAUAAUGGCGGGCCAGGGCGUCGCCGGCGUUCUGCCGUCCCUUGUCCAGGUCAUUUCGGUCCUCAUUGCGCCACCCCCGGAAGUUGCAACAGCCGAUCCGGGAACGGCUGACCCAGAAAAAGGAACAGCAGCGUUCAUCUAUUUCCUCACGGCUGUGGUAGUAUCAAUAGUGUCGCUUGUCGCUUUCAUACCACUGAUCCGGCGGCACAAUGCGAUGGUCGAGAGCCGAAUGACAGAGACUCUGGCGGAAUCUAUGGCUAGCAUUGAAGAGGCGGAACGUGCUUCGCGCAAAGUCGUUAGUAUGACCACGUUGUUCGGAAAAUUAUACUGGAUCGCCGGUAGCGUAUUUUUGUGUUUCACUUUAACCAUGUUUUUCCCUGUUUUCACCGCGCAGAUCGUGUCCGUAACACCAUCUAGUGACGCGAACCCGCUCCUUCAACCUGCCGCCUUCAUCCCUCUUGGAUUCUUUUUCUGGAACUUUGGAGAUUUGAUAGGACGGUCUGUUUCCCUCGUCAUAUCACUACGACAUCGUCCGACUGCUCUGUUCGGUUUCAGCAUUGCACGCUCGGUGUUUCUACCAUUGUAUCUUCUCUGCAACCUUCACGGCCGUGGCGCCGUAGUUGGGAGCGAUUUGUUCUACCUCCUCGUUGUCCAACUACCGUUUGGCUUGACCAACGGUUGGCUAGCCGCUAACUGUAUGAUGGCGGCCGGCGAAUGGGUUGAGGAAAGUGAGCGUGAGGCCUCUGGCGCAUUUAUGGGAGUUUGCAUCGUAGCUGGACUGGCUGCUGGCAGCUUACUGAGUUUUACUGCUGCCGGCAUCUGACGAACUAUGAUCAUAGACAUCCAACGGGAUUGCAUUAAGUAGGCGCAGGCGUUACGGCUUCAUUAAGGUUUUGUCUAUGGCACAAUUUUUAAGCAUA